AGCGUUUUUAAAGGCGCCGCUGCGUAUAAACAAGACGCGCCGGGGGGGGGAGGGGAGGGGAGGCCAUGAUGUCACCGCGGUCCGGCACCUCUUGGCGGUGACGUCAUCUCCGGGGAGGUUGCGGGCUCAGGGGCUGGUGGGACCAUCCUAGCCACCCGCGCCGGUUUGAGAAGCUUCCCCCCCCCCCACCCCCGUCGCUGCACCGGAGGUCAGCCCCGUCGCACGGAAGCGUCCCCGGAGGCGCCCUGGCCCCGAGGAGGCGGCCAUGACACGGGUUGUGACCCCCGGCCUGGCCCCCCCAGCCCUCGGCUCCCCUGAUGCGGCCAUGGGCUCUAGCAGUGACUAGGUGGCCACCGUCCGCCCCUACAGCCCAGCGACGAUUCUCCGCGGGGCCCAGCAGCGCUCCAAGCCAGCUCUGGGGAAGCCUCGGCCGCCAGGGCCCCCUGGCCAGUCCACCUGCCCAGGAUGAGAGCUUACCCUCCCAGCAGCCACCGCGCCAACCCCCACACCUCCCCGUAGAGGAGCGCCGGGCCUCGGCUCCUGCCCACAGGAGCCCCCGAAUGCUGCACCAAGCCUCCCAGCAGAGCCCGUUCAUGGUUGAUCUCCACGAGCAGGUGCACCAGGGACCUGUCCCUCUGUCCUACACCGUCACCACAGUAACCACCCAAGGCUUCCCCUUGCCUGCAGGCCAGCACAUCCCCGGCUGCAGUGCCCAGCAACUCCCAGCAUGCUCCGUGAUGUUCAGCGGGCAGCAUUACCCACUCUGCUGUCUCCCGCCCCCGCAGCUGAUCCAGGCAUGCACUAUGCAACAGCUCCCUGUGUCCUACCAGGCCUACCCCCACCUCAUCUCCGGUGACCCCUACAUUCUGCACCCCCCACCGCCCGCCCCACCGCCCCAGCCCACCCACAUGGCACCUCUUGGGCAGUUUGUAUCACUGCAGACCCAGCACCCGCGGAUGCCUCUGCAGCGGCUGGACAAUGACGUGGACCUGCGUGGGGACCAGCACCCCCUGGGCAGCUUUACCUACCCCACCUCCGCCCCCGGUCCAGCCUUGUCCCCUUCAGUGCCCCUGAACUACCUGCCCCACGAUCCGCUGCACCAGGAGCUGUCCUUUGGGGUGCCCUAUUCUCACAUGAUGCCACGGAGACUGAGCACCCAGAGGUACCGCCUUCAACAGCCGCUGCCACCACCACCUCCACCGCCGCCGCCGCCGCCUCCACCACCUUAUUACCCCAGCUUCCUGCCCUACUUCCUCUCGAUGCUGCCCAUGUCACCCACAGCUAUGGGACCCACCAUCAGCCUGGACCUAGAAGUGGAUGAUAUGGAGAUGGAGAACUACGAGGCCCUCCUGAACCUGGCCGAGCGGCUGGGAGAUGCCAAGCCCCGGGGUCUCACCAAAGCCGACAUAGAACAACUCCCGUCGUACCGCUUCAACCCCGACAGCCACCAGUCAGAGCAGACGCUAUGCGUGGUCUGCUUCAGCGACUUCGAGGUGCGGCAGCUGCUGCGAGUCCUCCCCUGUAACCACGAGUUUCACGCCAAGUGUGUGGACAAAUGGUUGAAGGCCAACCGGACGUGUCCCAUCUGCCGGGCCGAUGCCUCUGAGGUACCCAGAGAGGCUGAGUGAGGCGCCACGAGAACCCUGCCCGAAGCUCUGGAAACAUCCGGGGAGGACAGCCGGGGAGGGAGGGGCCCAGGCCUGCCUCCGUUCCACCUACAACUCCAGGGCCAGCCCUGCGAGAAACCCCUGCAAUAAGCCCCUGCAUUUGCCAAGCUCCAAAGACUCCUUCCCCCCUGCCUGCCUGUCUGCCCGCCCGCCCGCCCACCAUGGAGCUGUCUGGGUGUUACCCCCUCACCCCAGCCUUCCUCCUGAUGACCCCUGAGAGGCCUCCUCCCUGCUGGCACUGGAGAACCUGCAGGUCUCCCCCCCCCGCCACCCCCUCCAGUGUGCCCGGUGGGAAUCCUUGGCGCGUCCCCCUCUCCCCCAAGCCAUGGGCAAAGGGGUCACCAUCCUGGGUCACUACACUGAAACGCUGUGCCCACCACCCAGGGGGCCUUGCCAGGUGUGUAGGACAGAUGAUGGCCACCGGCCACUCCCUGAGUCCCUGCCUGGCUGCACCCCCAGACAGCUUGGCUGUGGUGGUCUAGUUCCUUAGGCGGAUCUGUGCUGGGGCACAGCCCCCCACCCCCCCAGCCACAGCCGCCAAGGGCUGUGUUCCUGGUGACACGGCUUCUCCAAGGUGACACACAGGGUUUGGCCCUGGCCUGAUGAUCCCCCUCUUGGGAGAUUUUUUUUUUGUGGGGUUUUUUUUUGGCUGUUUCUACUCUUUUUUUUUUUUCUUUCUUUCUUUUCUUCUUAUAGCCCCAAAACUUGCGUGUAGAGUUUGGAGGUGUGGAUAUUUAAGCCUUCUUUUGGGGGGUGGAAUUCAUUUGAUUUUUUUUUUUAAGUUUAGUGAGAUACAGGGACCAACCAGGACUGGGGGUGCCCAGAGAAGGGGGGUUGCUUGGGACAGAGCCCCAGUGGGGUGGUGCUGCCUGGCCUGCGUGCUUGUGUGCAGGUGGGGGGGCGGGGCUGC